AUGAAGUCGUUUUUUUGUUUCUCAGUCAUUCUUUUGGCACGUUCUGUGGUAUCGGAAAACAUUCCUUUUUGUGCUCCAGCUCAAGUAAAAUAUUGUGUAUUGGACGAUUGUCUUCAACCAUUAAUCAAUCAGACUACCUCAGGACCUCAGUUCUGUGGCAAAUAUUUAGAGAAUGACAGCAUCAGUAUUCCCGAUUAUAUCCCAGCUGCAGCUCCAGCAUCUCGUAUCUCAUCUGCAUGUUCUUGUUUAAUUCAGGCUCAGCCUACAGCAAAGCCCACCACGCAGUCGUCAAAUGUUGUAGGCUCUAUUGAGCUUUCAGUCUCUACCAAAACAUUUCCUUCUCUCGAGACGUCUGUUCGAACUAUUCCCUCCGCAAUAGUGUCCGUAGUCCCUACAUCUCCACCAGCCAUUCCGGGGUCGGGAAAUCAAUUCACCACCUCGAUCAUAUACUCUCUCUCCACUUAUACUACUCAGUUAAGUGGACUAUUGGUAACAAACACCCAGUCUGUGGUCGAUUCUACCACAACUUACCCUGUCACCCAUGAGAUUACACAAAGCCCAAGUCCCAAAUCAACGGCACCAGUUGGAUACACCACAUCAAUAGUGUACACCUUGUCUAGUUACACAAACCCAAGUGGUGAAGUUAUUACGAAAACAAUCGUAGACUACACAACAGUUUGUCCUGUCACCGCCAAAAUUACUUCAACUUCUCAAGCACUGGGAGAGUUGGCUAGUGAAAGCACAACUGCAUAUGAAACAUCAACAAUUUAUAAGAUUUCGACAUACACGACCCUUGGGCAGACAAUCACAAAAACUUUAGUAGAUUAUUCAACCGUCUAUUCUAUCACAAAAAUAUUGUCCCCAAGUCCAACUCCCAAAUCGACGGUUGAAUAUACAACAUCAACUGUAUAUUCUCUCUCUACUAGAACAUACACUUCCAGCGAAGAGACUUUCACAGUAACAGAUACCGUCGUUGAUUAUACGACUGUUUGUCCUAUCACAGAAAAGUCUUCCCCAACUCCAGAACCAACAGUUCAAUAUACGACUUCAACAGUCUAUUCUCUCUCAACCAGCACGUAUAUUACUAGCGGGAAGGCCGUUACUGUGACUAAUACCGUGGUUGAUCAUACAACUGUUUGCCCUGUCACCCAGUCAGCAUCUUCAACCCAGGGCACUUCAUCGCUCACCAUGUUCCCUUCGGCGGCUUCAUCCACUGAGAGUGUAAUUUUGACUUCAGCCUCCGACAAUUCAAUUGUUCCCUCAUCCGUAUCUGUUUCAGCAUCGGUUUCCAGCAGCUCAAUCGCAGUUCAGUCAACAAAAACAAGAUCGCGCCACUCCCGCACAAAGUGUACAAAGGCUUCCCACUCUACACAAAGCUAUCCAUUCGGAAAUUCCACAUCUUUAUAUCGACCUACUGGAACUGGAAGCUCGAGCCCUUCUUCCAUAUCCGGAACUGCAUACUCAUCAUCGGUUAGGUACCCAAUGAGUAACUCCACAACAUCAGACCUUCCUCUAGGAACUGCAUCUUCAACUGCUCACCAAGUGACAGACUCUACUCGAUUGCAAGUUCCUUCAGGAACUGGAUACUCAGCAUCUUCGACAGCUUAUGUAAUUGCAAACUCCACAAGCUCGACAAGCUCGAAUGUUCCUUCGGGAACCGGAUAUUCAGCCCCGGCGAAUUCCACAACCACGGAAAUUCUCCCGACCAGCGCUUCCAGUCUAGAGAUCAAUAGCAGUACUUCAGAAUCACCAGAAACUACUGAGAUUCCUAUUACAAGCGCUCCAUCUACAACAUCAAGUCUUGUACUUCCUUCUGUAACUGCAUUUUGUAGCACAGACGCGGCUGCCCUGGUAUUUGCAGCAGCUGGUACACCAGUAACCUCUUAUUGCAGCAGUCUACUCUCCAUCCAGCCAACUUACGCAGAUGAACAGUACGUUUUCGUCACAAAGACCACUUUAGUCACAACUACCACCACCGUCAGCCCCGCAACUAUCACCGUUUUCAAGAGAACGACAAGGAGUGACCCAUAUCCAUUCACAUCUACAUAUGAUUUAGCUCAACAAUCAUCAGCUUGCAGCUGUCUCUCAAUCCAACCAGCCGUGAUCGCCGAGACUGUAACAAUAACAGUUCCCGCAACAUCAUUGGUCGUUGUCUCGACUACAAUUCCAGCUUGCACUCCAUCACCUACCCAAGUAGUUGUCAAUGGUGAUUUUGAAACCGCAACAUCGGGAUCUUAUCAGACGCCAUGGGUUCUUGGUAGUUUAGCCUAUGUACAAUCUAAGGUUAAUAAUGCAUUCACUUCAUAUUCUGGCGAUAAGUUUGUCACCCUUUAUGGUCAAAGCUCGACUACAGCCACCAUAUCCCAGCAAAUUGAUUCCCUCGUCCCCGGCCAAUCCUACACUCUUAGUUAUUACAUGUCAGUGAUGGGAGUCAUCGUCGUGCCAACAGCUUCUUGUGUAGUUUCUGCUUCCGUGGGAGGAGUAGUUGUCGAUACAGCAACGAUUACGUACUUGAAUAUAGCGAGUUAUAGAACUAGCUAUUCACAACGCUCGGUGGCAGUAGUUCCGAUAACUCAAUCGGCACAGUUGAAAAUGACUUGGCAGUGUGGCAGUCAAGUUAUUAUUGCAGUGAAUCUUCUGCUGGAUAAUAUUUCGAUGGUUGGGGCGGGUCAGAGUUGUGAUGUGUCUCCUUAG